CGUGGCCAGACAUUUUUGGUUAAAGCCCAUGUUCAGAAGGCUGGUCCAGGGCAGACCAAAUCGGCUUUUGUUCCGCUCAUUUUGAGAGCAGCGGCAGUGGCAGAAUGGCAUUCCGAGCAGCCUGCCUGAUUUUGUGCCUUUUUAGUGUGGCCCAGAUAACAGCCCAGCAGAACAUCAAAUUCAAGAAGAAGCCAGAGAAUAAGAAAGAUGUGGUGAGCCUCAAAAUGAUUGAAGAGCUGAAGGAGCAGCUCGACAACAUCUCCCAGGAGGUGGCUCUUCUCAAAGAAAAACAAGCACUUCAGACAGUUUGUCUGAAAGGCACCAAGAUCAAUCUAAAGUGCGUCCUGCUUUUCCCCGAUGCAAAGACCUACCACGAAGCCAGUGAAGACUGCAUCUCUCAAGGUGGCACCCUCAGUACCCCGCAGACAGGAGAUGAAAAUGAUGCCCUCUAUGAAUACAUGAGGAAGAACAUUGGGUCCGAAAUGGACAUCUGGCUAGGUGUUAAUGACAUGGCCAUUGAAGGAAGAUGGGUGGACAUGACAGGCAACAGUGUUGCCUACAAGAACUGGGAAACUGAGAUCACCACCCAGCCUGACGGCGGGAAGCUGGAAAACUGUGCAGCCUUAUCAGGGGUAGCCAUUGGCAAGUGGUUUGACAAGAGGUGCCGAGAUAAGUUGCCGUACGUGUGCCAGUUCAUGAUUGUUUAAAUGGAAGGCUCAUGGUGGAGAAGAGAAGAUCAGAGCAUUCCAUUUAGGAUCUGGAACCCCUGCAAAGAGUUUGUAGAUAUAGAGUAUAUAGAUCCAUUUUGCAGCAGAUAAAGCCAUGACUUUGUAAUGGAUUAGAAUGAAUUGGGCUGAAGCUGUAUCUUAACCUGCCAGCGUCGAUUUGGUAGCAGCUGCGCUGUUCUUCUUGAGAAGGCAUGAGUCAUAGACAUAUAUUUUUUUACAACUGAAACUUUAUGGGGCCAGGUCCUAUGGUCCCCUUCCACCAAGUGAGGAACCUUGCUCCAGGAAAGAGGUUCCUCACUUAUCGGAAGGGAGCUGUAGGACCUGAGCAACAAACUUGGCCAUUUGUGACAUUACUUAAGAUUCAUUACUUUCUUGUUCUAUGUAUCUUUUCCUGCCGCCCCAUUUUCCUUCUUGCACAUGGUACCAAAUGAAGCCAGCUUCCGCUAAUUAUUGUCCAUUAAACUGAACGCUGUCAGUG